AUGGACCAAAACUUCCACUUUCAGACCCAGCUUGAUUCCUUCCUGAUGGACUGCCAGGCUGCCGGUGGUCAGCUCUCCCCCUGGUCUUCUUUUGGCUGUCAGUCUGUGUUUUCAGACACACAGCUGACGUUCACCGAUUUGGAUGUACAGUCACCGGGACUUGGCGCUUGUGCUGAAGGCGACGGAUGCUCUGCCGACGAACCUCUGGAGGCAGCCAAGCGCCGGACACAGAGCCUGGUGGUCCACCAGCCAUACAAGGUCCAACGGCACGCCGCCAACAUCCGGGAGAGGAAGAGGAUGCUGAGCAUCAACUCUGCCUUUGAGGAGCUGCGCUGCCAUGUCCCAACAUUUCCCUAUGAGAAACGAUUGUCUAAGAUAGACACUCUGAGGCUGGCCAUAGCCUACAUCGCCCUGCUGAGAGAGAUCCUCAUGUCGGGGUCUGACCCCAAAUCCUAUGUUGAUGAGUGCAUGAAGAGCGGCUACAAGAAUCAAAGCAAUGCAAUCUGGAACACAAGUGAUCUGACAGCCCGUCUCUCUUGGAUAAAGUGGGAUUAGCUGGGAAACACGAUGGUUUCCUGA